CUGUAAGUGGUAAAUUGACCUAUUUAUCAUUUUCUGUAUUUGCCAUUUGGCAUAGUGUUUUGUUUUUAGUCGAUAGUUAAUUAUGGAACUAUUUCGAUAAUUGUCGUGAUUCAAGUGGAUAUGAAUUAAAUUUAGUGUAUAUUAGUACAAUAACUGAAGUCCAAUAUUAUUUCAAGAUUUUGAAUAAGAUUUCCACAUGCUGAAUUCCAUUUUUAACCUAAAACUGUUCACACUUCUGGCCAGUGCCCAGUGCCAAGGCUCUCGCCGUCGCCGACAAAAUGGCUGGAUUACAGCCUAAAAAUGAUGCCAAAUUAACAUUAGAAAUUCGUACGAAAUCUGUGGAACAGACUCUAGUCCCACUAGUCACUCAGAUAACAACUCUGGUCAACCACAAAGAAAAGCAACGUAUAAGUGAAAAGGCCCAUAAAGCUCUGGAGAGAGUGGGUCUGGCAGUGGGAUCAGCUGUUGAUCGAUUUGUUUCUGUAGGUCAGUCUAUUGCUGAAGAGAACCCAGACAUCAAGGCGGAUAUGUGCUUUGCUUGUCAUGAUGCUAGAAGUGCAGGAUCAACAAUCCAGGCACUUACCACGGUGCGACAGACAGGGGAAGAAGGCAUGGUGCCACCUGCUGAUAAGACAGCCAUGGUGCGAGCAGCACGACAGUUACUGUCAGCUAUUACGAAAGUUUUACUCUUGGCUGAUCGCAUUGUAGUCAAACAGCUGCUCCUGAGUAAGGACAGGGUUCUGCUGAGCCUGGCUCAGGUGGAGGAGGUGAACAACUUCACAGACUUUGUCAACGCUUUCAGUCAGUUUGGAAAAGAUAUGGUAGAACUGGCCCACUUAUCAGGCGACAGACAGAAUGACUUAAAGAGUGACAAACACAGAGCACAAAUGGGCUCUGCCAGAGCUAUUCUUGAAAAGUCUACAAUGAUGCUGCUUCUUUCUUGUAAGACAUGUUUGCGUCAUCCGGACUGCUCUAGUGGACGUCACAACCGGCAAGGGGUGUUUUCUAUGAUCCGUCAGUCUCUGGAUCUAAUCCAGCAUGUGGUCACACAGGGAGGUCAGGAGGAAGUGCGACCAGAAGGAGGACCAAUCGUAAACGGAGAUUCUGGGAUUGGGCUUGCCUCUUCACACCCUACAGCAAGCAGAGCCUUUUCAGACUUUGAGGAUCAAGUGGACAUGACGAGGGUCACCAUGAUUGGCCCUGCGGUGGAGGACAGACUUCUCAGUGCAUUUGAGAGUGUGAAGGAAACAGUAGAGGAGUUCACAGAUUCCUACUACACAUCGCAUGAAGCAAGGGAAAAGAUUGUGCAGCUUUCAGAUGUCCUGAGAGAUGAUUUGCAGAGUAUGCUGCUGCUGGGGCAGAACUUGAAUUGCAGGGAUGCCCGAACGCCUACGCAUGAUUUAGAAACAGCUAUCAUAAAGACCUUGGAAUCUUCAAAGAUUUUGCGGAAACAGCUGCUGUGUACUGCCAUGAGCCAGGCAUCAGACCUGUUUCGUCAGAAUGAUGACGAAGGUUUGCUGAAGGCGCUACGUGUGGCUGGCGUCUCUGGGGAGCUGGAUCGGGUGGAAGAGCUCACUGUGAAGUUCUCAGAACACCAGGAGCAGUUGGAAGAGGUGUGUAAGCUGUUCCGGCAUAUGGCGAGCACGGAGCCGUUGGUCAUUACGGCUGAGCAUAAUGAGUCAUUUUUACACAGCCUGGGACCACUGAUACUGUUUGCGGCCCACACUCUUGCUCAGCAUCCUGAUUCUAAAAUCACUCGGGAAAACCUUGAGGUGUUCAGCGAUGCCUGGGAGUCUCAGAUUAAUGACCUCAGCAUUCUAGUCAAAGAGGUCAAUGAUGUGUGUCAAGGUCGUGGGGAUAAGCUGGUCUAUCUGUCUCUGCCAAGACCUGGGGUUCAGACUCCACCUAAGCAUGGGACGACUUCCAGAUCUUUGAGACCUGCCAAACUUGAUGCUGAGGAACAAGCCAAGAUUGCCAAGCUUGGUCUGGAGAUGAAACUGAUCACCUCGGAGACUGAGGCUGAAGCAGACAAGUGGGAGGAACCAGAUAAUGCAGUGGUCAAACGGGCCAAGAACAUGUCGAGCAUGGCCUUCAGCAUGUACCUGUUCACCCGAGGGGAGGGCCCGCUGCGCACCACACAUGACCUAUUUGUCCAGGCACAGUUCUUUGCCCAGGAAGGGAACAAACUCUAUGCCACUAUACAACAUUUUGCACAGCGAGUGCCUACCUGCCCUCAGAAGGAGGAGCUGUUUAUGUACCUUGACAGAAUCCCAGUUUGUUGUCACCAGCUUCUCACUACCCUCAAGUCUGCUACAUUUGGCAAGACCGCCACCUUCAACAAGGUUGACAGUGCCAUACAAGAGACCAAGAACCUGAUGAACAUUGUUGCUAAAGUCGUCACCACUUGCUUUGUUUGUGCUACUAAGUUCAACAUUGACUACCGAUCCUCCCCCACUCCGAGCACCAGCAGUCAGGUCACGCGCUGGACAUCUGCCUCGACAUCCUCCAACCCUACUCGUUACGAACUGCGCUCGAGUGGCAGCGACACAGAGUCUGGGCCUGGCAGUAGCGGCCCCUCGGAGGGCCUGUACCGCAGCACCAGCCUGAACAAGCCACUGUCCACCCUGGAUAAAACGGGAUAGGCAGAUCGCUUCUCCAGACACAGCUUGCAGGUUCAAUCUCAGACAGCACAGAUCAUACAGUGACUAUAAAUGUUAUGGAAAUGGAUACAAGACCAAAUUUUUAAUAGUGUACAUACCAUUGCUUUUGCGAGAAAAUGACUAAUUCUGUUUGACAGGGUGACCAAAGAUGUUGGAGUUACUCAUUUUCUUGCCACAGCAACCAUAUGAAGUGGAAACAAUUCUUGGAUUCCACAGAUUUCAUUUUGAGCAUAAUUUGUGUGAGUUGAUGCUCCAGGAUUUUAGAUCUAGCUGAAAAAAUACUCAAAACUCGCAGUGGAAUUUAAUUUUUAUAAUGGGAAGAGAUGUUCAUUUUCUACCUGUCCCAAGAUUUGGUGAAAAGAGAGCUGAACAAGAAUCUCAUAGUCCCUUGUGCUGGUGUAAUAUUUUGACUUGUGUGUCACAUUUGUUCCAUUUGUGUUUACUACAUUGUGGCAUAUCAUUAUUUCUUCAAGUGUUGCUAAAACGGGACGAUUUUUCUUGUCCUUUAAAAAAAGAAUAAUAGCUUUUGUCUAGCCAUUUGUGAUAAUGAUUGAGGUGGAGGCAAAUUAUGUUCAACAUAUCUGAUCUUGAGUUAUUGCAGUGGAUUUGUUUAUUGUUCUUGGUGGUCAUAGUGUGUAGAUUUAUGAGUGUUUUUUUGCUUUAAGAUGGUGCUAACCUUUUAACAAGUUCUUGCAUAGAUGAAAGGUUUUGAGCUCCCGCCAAAGAAGGGAAGUCAGACAAAUAGAUGAAAAAGAACUUAUUUCGUGGUUGAGUAAAAACUCAAGCCCUGAUGGCUGUCUUUUGCCUUGCCAGCAGGAUUGAUAAUGAUAGUCCAUUGAUCGUGAGCUCUUAACCUACUUUUGAUAAGACUCGACUCUGUGGUUUUUGCAGGCCAUUACCAAGCAAUGGGCUAAAAACCCUAAUUUUGACGUUUGGAAAUUGUGUAUGGUUAUUUCUGAUGACAUCAUGAAAAUCAACUUGGCUGUGGUACUUUUUAAACUGAUUUUUUAAAUGAAUUUGUAGAAAUUUGCCAUGUUCAAGUGAUUCUGGUAAUCCAGCCACUGUUCUAGUCAGCUAACAUGGUUUUAUUUUGCCAUUUUACUUCACCUCAUACACCGACUCCUCAAUGGCAUUUUAAUUUGUUUUUUCAGUGGGAUUUUUUGUUUUGAUUUUGCCAUUUCACAUUGUUUUAUUUUGCCUAGUUUUUUUUGUGUCCUCUAUGUGCCCCGUGGUGUGGAGAAACUUGACUCUUGCACAAGUCAAGUUUAUAAUUAUUUUCGCCAUAAGAUAAGUAUCUGUGUAAUUCAUGUCAAUAUGUGUCAUGUCUCUUUCUGAGCAUCUGACACUCUUCAGUUGUCAAGUAUUGUUUUUAUUUUUAUCUUGAUCUUUUCCCACUCUUCAGUUCCAUAUUUUUCUUUUGUUAUUUGUUUAAUUCCCAGUUUCCAGUCAACGUCAACCACUGUGACUGUACUAGUGUCUGAUUUCCUGUCAUAAAAUAGCAUUUGCUGUUGCAUACCAUUAUGUACACAUGUGAAAUGUUUCCUAAGAUCUCUUUCUCUAAGAAGCUGUUCAUGUGGUGGUUAGACAGCGCCACUCGCGUGCCCUACCUCUGUCGUUAGCCUUUUUUAAGCACUUGUAUGACUGAAAGUAUAUUAAUGGGAAGUGCCAUUUUCUCAGAACUCGAUUGUACUCCUCCUGAAGCUUGUUAUAAAGAGUAGUUCAUAUAAGUUAUAUAUUUAAUUCUUUUCAGUAUUUUGUCAUCUGUCAUGGGCAGACAAUGGGAGAAGCUUCAGUCUUUCUACAGUAGUGUAGAUAUAUGCUUAGACUUACACAGGAUGGUUCUUUUUCUUUACUGCUUUUCUAGUAACAAAAUGUCACAAUUGUUUUGAUAUAGUAUGUGGCACCUGUAAAAUUAAAAGUGAUACAGUUUAAAGUUUUCGGGGUGAGUUCUCUUGUACUGUUGUCUUUGGCCUGGUGUGAUAAUUCUGAAAAGGAAAUUGGUCCUCUGUAAAUAAGAAAUAAGAUCAAGAUUAAGAAUCAGCAAUGACUGUCGUCUUAUCAGGGAACUGUGCAACUUGAUUUUGAAGUGUUUUGUGUGGCUGAUUACUGUUCAUAUAUUUUUAUAUGAAUUGUAAACAUUUUUUGUGGGUUUAAAAAAAAAAUCUCUCUUGAUUUAAAAAAAAUAGUAAUAAAUGUCAUUUAUCAAAA